UGAACAAGUAAUAGUCUACAAAUUGUGACGCAAAAAAAGCAAUGUGAGAAUGAAAUUGAGUGUAUAGAAUGAUUUGAUGAAAUGAUCAUCUCAGAACAAACAUCAUUUGAAACGCCAAUUUGAUAUUUUAAAUCAAUAAAAUGUCACCGAAAGAAUCAAAGGAUGAAAGUCCAUUUGCGAAAGCCUCGUUCUUCAGCCGCUUGCUGUUCAUCUGGUAUGAUUCAAUGGCGUAUAAAGGUUACCGAAAGGCGCUUACACAAUCGGAUAUGUGGCCUAUGAUAGAAGAUCAUCAAACUGCUUCGAUUGUUAAAAAGACUGAUCCCUAUUUUGAGCCAGUCUUGAGUUCAUCUAAUGAACCAGCUAAAACUAAACCAGUACUUAAAGUGAAUACCUUCAAAGUGUUGAUCAAAGUAUAUUGGCCAAUACUAUUGUUCGGAUCGGUGUGUAAAUUGAUUUCUAGUUCCCUUGUGUUUGCGAAUCCCCAGUUAUUGGAUGCUCUCUUAACAUUCAUUGUUUCGGAUGAACCAAUAUGGAAAGGUUAUGUUAUUGCUUCCCUUAUGUUUGCGACUUCGCUCUUUCAAUCCCUCUUGGAUUCUCAAUGUGAAUUUUGGACGCAAGUAGCCUCAAUGAAAAUGAAAUCAGCUUUGACCGCAACAAUCUACAGAAAAAGCCUCCGAUUGUCAAGUUUAGGUAGACGUAACAAUACAACUGGUGAGGUGGUUAAUCUGAUGGCCGUUGAUAUCCAGCGUAUUAUUGCUUAUAUCAAUAUUGCUUCCCUCAUGUUGUCUUCACCAAUUCAAUUAGUGAUCACGAUAUACUUGUUAUGGCGACAAUUGGGUGUUUCGUCCUUUGCAGGUUUAGGUGCUAUGCUUAUCUUUAUACCUUUCAAUGGAUUCUUUACAACUCGCUUUAAGAAAUGCCAAUCUCAGAUUAUGAAGGAAAAGGACGCUCGAAGUAAAAUGAUUUCCGAAAUUUUGAAUGGUAUGAAAGUUUUAAAACUGUAUGCAUGGGAAGGUGCUUUUGGUGAAAUUGUUGCAUCAAUUAGAAGAAAAGAAAUCAAGAUUCUGAGAUUCCAAUCCAUUUGGCUAGCACUUAUUUUCUUUGCACUUGGUUGUGGACCUUUUCUGAUUGCAGUUGUUAGCUUUGCAACUUAUGUUCUAAUCGACAAAAAUCACAUUCUUAAUGCCAACAAAACCUUUGUUUCAAUAUCGUUGAUCAAUAUCCUCAAUGGACCAUUAGCUAUGCUUCCAAUAGUUAUUGCUUUUGGGGCUAACUUUUUAAUCGCAAUCAGAAGGAUAAAUAACUACCUCGAAGGAGACGAACUCGAUGCUAAUGCUGUUCUACAUAAACCUGAUCCAAUCAGUGCAAUAAACAUCACUGAGGCUACUUUUUCUUGGUCUCCUGAAGAAGAGCCAGUUCUUAAAGACAUUGACAUGAAGUUCGAAAGAAAUAAGUUGGUUGCAAUUGUAGGGACUGUCGGUAGUGGCAAAUCAUCUUUGAUAUCAGCUAUUUUAGGUGAUUUGUACAAAAGCAAAGGAUUCAUCAAUGUGGACGGGAAGGUUGCUUAUGUACCACAAUCGGCUUGGAUAAUGAACUCAACAGUUCGCAGAAACAUUCUGCUUGAGAAUCCUUUUGUUAGAGAUAAAUAUAAUCCAGUUAUUGACGCUUGUGCCUUGGAUCCUGAUUUUAAACUACUAUCAGGUGGUGAUGCCACCGAAAUUGGUGAAAGAGGAAUAAACAUUUCUGGAGGACAGAAGCAGCGUAUUUCAAUCGCACGAGCAGUUUACUCUGACUCUGACAUUUUUUUGUUAGAUGAUCCAUUGUCUGCCGUCGAUGCACAUGUCGCAAAACAUUUAUUUGACAAUGUCAUUGGACCUGAAGGUUUGCUCAAAAACAAAACUCGACUUCUAGUGACACAUAGGAUAACCUUUUUAACCCAAGUUGACCAAAUCAUUGUAAUGAAAGAUGGCAGAAUCUAUGAAAGUGGAACUUAUUCUGAUCUAAUGGCUAAAAAGGGUGAAUUCGCUGAUUUUAUCGCCCAAUAUUCGAACGAAGAAAACAAUGAAGAAGAAAAAAUAGACCAAAUUUCUUCCAAAGAGUUAAACAUUGCAAGACAAGUCUCAGUGACGAGAUCAGAUUCAAUGCAUUCACAAAGUGAUACAACGUCGGUAGCUUUUACUAGAACAAUAUCAACUAACGGACUUGAACGAUCAGAUACGCAGACCACCUUUAAACUAACCGAGAGCGAAUCUGUCGAGACUGGAUCAGUAAAGUUAAAAGUAUACUUAAAGUACUUCAAAGCUAUCGGAGUGAUGUCGUGUUUAGUCACAAUUUUACUCUUCAUGGCCACAAGUGGAUUCAACUUAGGAACCAGUCUUUGGUUAACUUCAUGGUCUGACGAUUCUUUGGAUCCUAAUAAAAUGAAUGAUACUGCACUUCGUAAUAAAAGGCUUUCAGUUUAUGCAGGCUUGGGAUUUUCAGGAGCAUUUUGUACUCUAAUCAACACCAUAAUCAUGAAUUUUGCUACCAUUGCCGGUGCUCGUUGGAUCUAUGAAAAAAUGUUAUCUCGUUUAAUCCAAGCCCCAAUGUCAUGGUUUGAUACAACACCAUUAGGAAGGAUUAUUAAUCGUUUCACUAAAGAUAUCGACACAGCGGAUACACUGAUUUAUUAUAAUCUUAAUGUCCUUAUGAACCAAUUUUUCCGAGCAAUUCUAUCAAUCGUAAUCAUUUGUUUGGAAACUCCAUUUUUAAUCAUUUUUAUAUUCGUUCUUGGUUUCAUCUACAUAAUUGUGCAGAAAUUUUACAUCGCCAGUUCUCGACAAUUAAGACGUAUUGAAGCAGUUACAGGAUCUCCGAUUUUCUCUCAUUUUUCAGAGACAAUUUCUGGAUCAACUUCCAUACGAGCUUAUGGAGUGGAACAGAAUUUCAUCAAUGAAAUGAACAAAAGAGUUGACACUAAUAAUGGCGCUUAUUUCCCCAACCUUGCAGCGAAUCGAUGGUUAGCCAUUAGACUUGAACUGCUAGGCAAUAUUAUUGUCACUUUAACAGCAAUUUUUGCUGUGGUCAAUCGAGGUAAAUCAAGUCCUGGAGCAACUGGUCUUUCAAUAAGUUAUGCUUUACAAAUUACAACCAUUCUUAAUAUGCUUAUCCGAGCCGUUUCUGAUAUUGAAACCAACAUUGUAUCGAUUGAGCGUUGUUUGGAGUAUACAAAAAUGCCGAUCGAAGCACCUUGGGUUAUACCAGAGCACAGACCAUACGAGUCAUGGCCUGAAAAAGGACAAAUUGUAUUUAGAAACUAUUCGGCUCGAUAUCGUCCUGGUCUUGAUUUGGUGUUGAAAGAUAUUGUUUGUGUCAUAAAAUCUAAUGAAAAGGUUGGAAUAGUUGGUCGAACUGGUGCUGGGAAGUCAUCAUUAACAUUGGCUUUGUUUCGUUUGAUUGAACCAACUGUUGGAACUAUUAUAAUCGAUGGAGAAAAUAUAACUAAAAUGGGGCUUCAUGAUCUUCGAUCUCGACUUACUGUGAUACCUCAGGAUCCAGUGCUUUUCUCGGGUUCUUUCAGGCGUAACUUUGAUCCUUUCGAUAUUUACACUGAUGCUGAGAUUUGGAAGGCGCUGGAUCAGGCUCAUUUGAAGGUUUUUGUCAGCAAAUUGGAUAAAGGUUUAGAUCAUGAAAUUACUGAAGGUGGGGAAAACUUGAGCAUAGGUCAAAGACAAUUGGUCUGUUUAACCCGAGCUCUUCUUCGUAAAACCAAGAUUCUUGUACUUGAUGAGGCUACAGCUGCAGUUGAUGUUGAAACGGAUGAAUUGAUACAGCAAACAAUUCGUAAGGAGUUUGCCGAUUGUACUAUUGUAACCAUUGCUCAUCGAUUUAACACAAUUUUAGAUUAUGAUAAGAUCAUUGUUAUGGACAAAGGGCAGAUAAUUGAAUACGAUUCCCCGCAAAGUUUACUCCAUAAUGAUCGCUCUGUUUUUUAUUCAAUGGCAAAAGAUUCUAAGCUUAUAUGAUUUAUCUGUUUCAUUUAAAGAGGUACAAUAAAUUAUCGAACAUAAUUCAAUCACAAUUUAACUUUGCGAAUUGAGUUAAACACUUAACAAAUUAUUUAUUGAAAAUAAAUAAAAUUUGGACAACAGAAUGACAAA